AUGUUCCGCAAAGAGGAGCGUAAGAAAGAGUACAAGAAGAUUUUUGACGAUUCGCGGCGGCGUCGUGAGGACCUGCAGGCGCAAAUUCGGAAGCAGACACGUGACCGCCAGUUCCAACGCCAUCGCGCGUGCGCUGCAGGCGACGAUGACGAUGCUAUGCAGUCCGAGCCCGGCAAUGUUGUCAUAAACGAUCCGAUAACGCCGUUCGACGAUUCGCAAGAUGAUGAUGAUCACAACGACCAAUAUGGGAACCCUGCGAACUGGACUCCCUCCGCCCUCGCGCCUUACGUGACCGGCAUUCGUUCCGACGACUACGAGAGCCAGUUGUCCUGCACGAAGUACUUCCGCAAGCUGCUUUCGAUUGAGGUGGAUCCUCCUAUUGAGCAGGUGGUGAACGCUGGCGUCGUCCCUGUUUUCAUUGAGUUUUUGGGCCGUUUUGACGCCCCGGAGCUGCAGUUUGAGGCGGCAUGGGCGAUCACAAACGUCGCAUCCGGCAAUCAGCAGCAGACGAAGGUGGCCACUGACAACGGAGCCGUGCCUAAGCUGAUUGCGCUGCUGGAGGCUCCGAGGGAGGAGGUGCGCGAGCAAGCGGUUUGGGCGCUGGGGAACAUCGCAGGUGAUUCACCCGAGUGCCGAGAUUUGGUUUUGGGCCUCGGAGCAUUGAAGCCGCUGCUGUAUUUGCUGUAUAACUCUGACAAGGAGAGUGUGGUACGCAACGCCACGUGGACGGUAUCUAACCUGUGCCGGGGGAAGCCCAAGCCAGUCUUCCAGGACGUGAAGCAGGCCAUCCCGUAUCUAGCUAAGCUGCUGGACCAUCCCGACCUUGAGGUACUUACGGACGCGUGCUGGGCGCUGUCCUACAUUUCUGAUGGCAACGAGGAGCACAUCCAGGCGGUGCUGGACUCCGGCGCGUGCCCGCGUCUGGUGCAGCUGAUGGACCACCCGCAGACCGUAAUCCAGACCCCGGCGCUCCGCACUGUGGGCAACAUUGCGACUGGUAACGACCGUCAGACGCAGAUGAUCGUGGAUUGCGGUUGCAUCGCUGCACUGUACAAGAUGCUGUUUUCGGACAAGAAGUCCAUAAAGAAGGAGGCGUGCUGGACGCUGUCUAACAUCGCCGCCGGCACCCGCGACCAGGUGGAGGCGUUUUUGCAAUCGGACACUGUGGAGAAGCUACUGGAGUUGAUGACAUGCAACGACUUCGACGUGCAGCGUGAGGCCAGCUGGGCUAUCUGCAACGCUGCUUCUGGUGGCGACUUUAGGCAGGCCGAGAACCUGGCUUCGCGCGGCUGCCUUCGUCACAUCUGCUCUAUUCUGACCACCACCGACACGAAGCUGAUCAGCGUGGCUUUGCGCGCGAUGGAGAACAUCUUAAACGUGGGUCAGCAGCUGAUGGAGCUGAACUCCCUGCCGGCGAACCCGUACGCCGUCGCUAUCGAGGAGUUGGAGGGUGUACGUGCACUGGAGGUCUUGCAGGAGAGCAAGGUGAACGCUGUGUACCGCAGGGCGCGGGACAUUCUGCAGCAGUACUUCCCCGAUGAUUACGACCUGGAGCAGGACGUGAGCGAGUCUUCGGUGCUCACCAAUUUCAAGGAUAUCGUGCCUCCUGGCGGUUUCAAAUUUUAA